ACGCACUUCCUUUCCCCACAAGCCAAAAGUAAUUCGCUGCGCGCAGCCGCUCCUUCGGUCCUCGCCGGCUAAGGCGGCCAUGGGGCAGCCGCUCGUCCUGGUCGCGCUGGGCUGGAUCGCGGUGCUGGUCCUUCCGUUGCAUUCUUUCUCCUCGCCGCAGAAUGGAUCUUCUUCCAAGAAUGGCACUAGGGCAGGACCAAGAUCCUUUUCCAUUAGAGUAGAGGGAGAAUAUGAAGCAAUUCCAGAUUUAUAUAAUGGUGCUGAAAAUGGUUUGGAAAUUGGGUCAGGAUCUAGCAGCCAAAACAGAACACAGCCUCUUCUAACAUACAGUCUGUCGAAAGAUGUGGAAUGGUACCUGUCUAGUGGAUGGCUGACCUUUUUCAUCCCAGCAGUCUAUACUCUAGUUGUGUCCCUGAGUCUUCCUCUGAACAUCACGGCAGUUCUUCUGUUCUUGCUAAAAAUGAAGGUGAAGAAGCCAGCUGCAAUGUAUAUGCUCAAUUUAGCUUCUGCAGAUAUACUUUUUGCGAGUGUCCUUCCAUUUCGGAUUGCCUAUCAUUUUUCUGGAAACCACUGGCCUUUUGGGUCUGCCAUGUGCUGCUUUGUCACCGCCACAUUUUACUGCAACAUGUACUGCUCCAUUCUGCUGAUGACAGUGAUAAGCAUCGAUCGCUUCUUGGCUGUGGUCUACCCAAUGCAGUCUCUGUCCUGGCGCACCCGAAGGCGUGCCUCUGCGGUUUGUUCUGCCAUCUGGCUUGUCUCAGUUGCUGGGGUGGUACCUUUGCUUAUCACUGAGCAAACAAGGCACAUACCUCCUCUGAACAUAACAACUUGUCAUGAUGUACUGAAUGAAAAAGACCUCAAAGGAUAUUAUCUUACUUUUUUCACUAUUUUCUGUUCAUUUUUCUUUUUUGUGCCAUUAAUUGUUUGUAGUAUUUGCUAUGUCUGUAUCAUCUGGUGUCUUAGCUCUGCAGACAUUGCUGCAAAACCGGGUAAAAAGACGCGAGCUUUACUCUUGUCUGUGGCUGUUUUCUCCAUUUUUAUUAUAUGUUUUGGCCCAACAAAUGUUCUCUUGCUAGUUCAUUAUGUGAAUUUUUCUUACAACAGCUACGUGGGCAAUAUAUAUUUCGCUUAUCUCCUCUGUGUCUGCAUUAGCAGUAUAAGUUGUUGUAUUGAUCCUCUGAUCUAUUACUAUGCCUCUUCUGAAUGUCAGCGUCACUUGAGCAAUUUGUUGUGUUGCAGAAAGGACUCUGAACUCUGCAGCCUUAGCUCCAAUAAUCCUCUGGGGAGUAGAACAAGCCAAAGGGCUACGUGCACCAGUACACUUGAUAACAGCCUCUACCGAAAAUUACUAGCAUAGAUACUUUUUUUGGUAUUUCUGGUAUGUACAGUAUGGCUCUGUUUUAAAAACACUGCUAUGAGGAAAAUUCAGACAUGAACAUUCUUUAUAUAAUCAGUCUGUCUUAUUAACAUAAAGCCUGCUACUGUAACAGUUGCAGUAACUGGGGAGAGAUAUCAAAAAUCUUAGAGAGACCGUGAAUACAUCUCUAUUUAAGAUAAAAAACUGAACACAAAUUUAUAAAAUGCUGUUAAACUCUAAUGAGAGUUUGUCUUUUCUAAGAUGUAGGAUCAGUUGUCAUAUUUUCACAACAGCCACACAGAAGUUGGCUACCCUGAGUGGUAUGGGAAUCUACACACAUCCAUUUUGUAUCCAAAUCUCUCUCUCUCAGAUUUCUGCCAGAAAGAUCCAGGCAAUCUCUCAUCAAGUAUGGUUUUUCUCCCGCUGCAUCAGAGCUGUAUUCUUCUGUGAGCAUCAGUGACAAGCUGGGAGGCAUACAGAUUAAUGAAAAAAGGAUGCACUCAGGGGAGCCACGGAAUAAUUCUUUCUUAGUGAUUUCACACAUUUUGAAAAAAAUCAAACCACUGUUUGCAUAGCCCUGUUACUUUAUGGGCGUAGUGCUUUCCUGGGUUCUAGGUAAAAUGCUGAGAACUAAAUGUGUGUAGAUUUGAGGACACAGUAUAGUCAAACUCAAUAAAACCUGGAUCUGCACUUCCUGAGUAGAUUGUUGUUAUAUAUUCUUUGUAUAUGAAUGUGUGUGUAUAUAUGUGUGUAUGUUAUAUACACAUAUAGAAACCUGUUACUUCAUAAUUUUUUAUUCUUUUAAAACUGCAAAUGCUGAUGGGCACAGCUGUUUUAUAUUUUAUUUUUGAAAAUUGAGUGACACUCAGUUAAUAAAUGUGUAAAUGGUC